AUUUUUUUCAGUUUAAUUUCCACAUUUUUUUAAAGUCUAAAAUACAUUUGUAAUUCAGUGUUAAUUUUAAAAGUUAAAUUAAUUAAUCAUGAAGAAGAAGAAUAAAGAUUUCCAAAAGACCAAAUUGAAAAUUGGUAAGAAAAUUCCUAAAAGAAGCAAUGAUACCAACACUCAGUUUAAAUCAAAGAAAAUUGUGUUAAAAGAUCAAUCAACAUUGGAAAACAAUCAGAUGGCUGUUCUUUCUCGUAAUUUAUUUUCUAACAAGCAAUUUAAGUUGCUUUGUUUGAGUAAAAUAUACUCUAACUAUUUGGAUAAAAAUGCUGUUGACGGAGAAUCAAUUAAUAUCCUAUCGCGUUUGCUGCUUGAUAAUGAAGAACAAGUGCGACAAUCAACAAUUAGGUGUAUAAAAAAGUCUAUGAAUAGAUUGAUUAAGGAAGAUCAAUCUAUUAAUCCGUUUCUAACCAUAUUGCUGACUUAUAUCAAAUGUGGCUUAACCCACAUUGACAAUGGAGUUGUUUCCGAUUCAAGUGAUAUUUUUGCAUUCAUCAUUGAUAAAUGUGAUAUGACCUCUCACCAACAGCUGAUAUUAACUUUUUUGCCUCGUCUGUCUGUUGAUUCUCAAGUAACAGCAAGAGAUUUUGAAAUAGCUGAAAAAAUUCUUCGUGCUGUUGCUAAUGGCAACACGAAAGCAGACAAAAAAAAUCAUUUAAGUAUCAAGUGGACUUCCGAAGAUAACUUCUGCGAUGUUUCUAAACUGACGAUUAAAGAGCCCAAUACAAAAUUAAAUUUGAGUUUCCAGUUGCAUGCUGAGGAGGAUGUUCGAGGUAAUCUCAUUUCUUGUAUGAAUAAAUUAAUCGAAAAAGAAAUUGAUGAUCUUGCAAAAAGAAAGUCCAAUCAACUUACGAUGAACCGAGACGAGGCUAAAAAGUUAAUUGCAUCCGUUAAAAUAGCUGAUAUCCUUAAAUUGAAACGAGAUCAUAUUGAUGAUAAGAUCAGAAAAAUCGUCGUCACUGAUGAAUCGAUUGACAACAAAUCAAAAAGGAUGAAGACCGAGAAUAAUCAAUUGCAGAAUGCUAUAAUAAAUUUGUUGAAAUAAAUGUUUCGCCGAAGUACAUUUUGUAUAUGUAUUAUUAAAAAUGUAUUAGUAAUUAUUACAGCCAAA